UGCAGCUGCCUGCUGUAGAAGAUGAAACACACUUGUCUGUGUGUGUGUGUCUUAUCCAUUGGCCAUUGGUGUCUUCCCGCCACAUUACGGAGUUGAAACCAUCAAGGAAUAACAAUGCAUCCGACAUAACUUCCUGUUUGGAGUCAAGACCAUGAGGGCAAUGAAGGUGCACUCUCCCCCGAGGAGGAGACUCAAGCGCAGUCGCCUCCUCUUCUUCCUCUCAGGUGUGCUGCUGUGCUUCGUCUACACGCUGACUCUGAGGGCAAGGCUAUCAGAGCCUGGAGCCUCCGCCCAGAGGGACCACACUCUCGGAGCAGAUGUGAAUAGUGAUGAUGAUGUUGUGGAAGUCAACAUUCGGGAAGUGAUGGGGUCAAAUGAGACGAAGGAGGAGGAGGAGGAGGCGGUUGUCUCACCUGAGAGCACCAAUACUCCUCCGGUGAUAGUUGUCAACAGAACAGAUAUCCAACAGUGUAUCUACGUAGAUCCUCAACCUCCCCUGACUCAACCGCCCCCCACCACCCCUCACCCCGCAGCGCAGCCCCCUCACAGGAAGGGCGGUUUUCCAAUGGACAUCUUCACAGUGAAGCAGCGGCGGCAGGGCUGGGUGGUCCUGCACCUCAUGGGCAUGAUCUACAUGUUUGUCGCCCUAGCCAUCGUCUGUGAUGAGUUCUUUGUUCCCGGGCUGGAGGUCAUCACCAACAAGCUGGAGAUCUCUGAAGACGUGGCGGGGGCAACCUUCAUGGCGGCUGGAGGCUCCGCCCCCGAGCUCUUCACCUCCCUGAUCGGCGUCUUCAUCUCCCACAAUAACGUGGGCAUCGGCACCAUCGUGGGCUCGGCCGUCUUCAACAUCCUGUUUGUGAUCGGCAUGUGCGCCAUCUUCUCCCGGGAGAUGCUGCACCUGACCUGGUGGCCGCUCUUCAGAGACGUGACCUUCUACAUCCUGGACCUCAUCAUGCUCAUCGUGUUCUUCGUGGACAACAUGAUCCUGUGGUGGGAGAGCAUGCUGCUGGUGCUGGGCUACAUCAGCUACGUGAGCUUCAUGAAGUUCAACAGUCAGAUCGAGCACGCGGUGAAGACCCAGAUCAACAGGCACAUGAGUAUCGUCAAGGUGUGGACCGCGGAGGAUCCAGAGAAGGAGAGUGAAGCUCCACCAGCUCCUCCUGCUGCUGUUCCUGCUGCUCCUCCUGCACUCAAAGCUGAAGAAGUGUCCAAACGAGAACCUGAACCUGCUCCCAGCACUCCUCGAGGCAACAAACCACCGUCAGACCCCCAAGAGGACAAAGAAAGACUCAGGGUGCGUCCCGUCCUGCAGCGAGGCGGCAGCUCGGCCUCCCUCCACAACACCUCGCUGAGGAGCACCAUCUUCCAGCUGAUGAUCCACACACUGGACCCUCUGAGAGAAGAGGCAGCCCUUAGAGGGGCCAUGAAAACACCGGGCCUGAGGAAAGCCAGGAGAGAGACUUCCUUUAAUGGUGAUGUUAGAGGGGAGGGGUCAGUACAGAAGAAAGUGAAGAACAAAGUAAAGCCUCUGAAAGUCCCGGUCACGGGCAAAUUAGAGAGCAAGUCCCAUCAUGGCGUCUCUGAAGAUGCUGACCAGAAGCUAACUGAGCUAGCCACUGAUGCUAAUGCUGCUGCUGCUGCUGGAGCACCAAAGGGAGCUGCAGCUGAGCCGUCCACCUCACAGCCCCAAAAGAAAGAAGAAGAGACGAGGGAAAAGACGGCCGGCCAGCCAGACGAGUCGAAGGCGGCAGCGGGGGGGUCAGAGGGCUCUCAGGGCAGCACUGGGGAUGAGUGUGGUGACGAGGAAAGUGAAGACUCCGAUGAGAGUGAAGGUGAUGACCUUGAUGAUGAGGAAAACAAGGAGGAGGAAGAAGAAGAAGAGGAGGAGAGUGAACCGCUGUCUUUAAAGUGGCCCGACACCAGACGCAAGCAGGCCACCUACCUGUUCCUGCUGCCCAUCGUGUUCCCGCUGUGGCUCACGCUGCCCGACGUCCGCAACCUGGUGUCCAGGCGGUAUUUUCCCGUCACGUUUAUUGGUUCCAUCCUGUGGAUCGGAGUUUUCUCCUACCUGAUGGUGUGGUGGGCUCAUCAGGUGGGAGAGACCGUGGGCAUCUCUGAGGAGAUCAUGGGCCUUACCAUCCUGGCAGCCGGGACCUCCAUCCCAGACCUCAUCACCAGUGUGAUCGUGGCCCGGAAAGGGCUGGGGGACAUGGCUGUGUCCAGCUCAGUGGGCAGUAACAUCUUCGACAUCACUAUAGGCCUGCCAGUGCCGUGGCUCAUUUACACUCUAUUACACAACGGGGAGCCGGUGACCGUCAGCUCCAACGGCCUGUUCUGCGCCAUCGUGCUGCUCUUCAUCAUGCUCCUCUUCGUCAUCAUCUCCAUCGCUGUGUGUCGCUGGAAGAUGAGCCGGAUGUUGGGCCUCACCAUGUUCGCUCUGUACUUCGUGUUCCUUGUGCUCAGCGUCAUGCUGGAGGAUCGCAUUCUCAUCUGCCCCAUCUCCAUCUGAAGCCACACGUGACGUAGAACAUGCAGACUGGAUCAGUGUACCGAGGGUGUUACAUAGGAGAACCCAGCCUGGUGUCAAGAGCUGAGCUGAGGCACAGUAGCCACAUUGUAGAAACAGUAAAAGAGCAGUAAUGAGGAAGACAAAAUCCACCCUCAACAUAAUUUAACAUCAUACUGUUACAUUCACCAGAAGCUAUUUUUCUGUUCCACUUUAUUUGAGUGUUUGAAAUGUACGGAAGCCCUAGACGGCCAUGUUUCAAACUGUUUAUUGAUUAUAUUACAUUUUACAAAAUAAAUCAAAGUUAUUUAACAAUAUCUUGAUAUACAGUAAAAAAAAACACAUGUUCUGAGAUAAUUUCAAGCUUUACACAAUCUCUGUAGAAAUGUUAUAACAUCAUAUCCCAAGAAGCAUCUGUGAUUAUGUGCAAAAAGAAGAAACAACUGUGGACUUCCUCUUUAAGUUUACUCACUUUAAACAACUGCAGUGUUUUGCUCUCCUGUACCUGCCUGUCAUGGUGUAGAAAUGAGUCCUUUUGCUACAGACUAUAAAACUUUGGGCUACAAAAAUAAUGUUUUUAGAUAAGAUUAAGAUACAAGUUAAACUCUACAGUAGCAUUACAUGUCACUGACAUGCAUUCAGUACGGUGGGCAGCCUCCCAGCUACUGGAUAUAUUUGGAUGUGCCUGCUCAAUUAUCAACAAAAAAGAUUCACAAUCAAAUUGUACUAGAAACUAAUUGAAAACAUAAUUUCAUCAAGGUGUGUAAGAGUUUGUGUGUGCAGUGUGUCUCUGAUAUCGUCAUCAUAAUGCUGCAGUGACUUAAAGAGAUGAUUCCGUUACAGCAGUGAGGGUCUCUUUAAAACUGCUGGAUGCAACUCCAUUCUGUAUGACUAGUGUUCUCUCUAAACCGUGCUGUAUUCAGUGUUUGUUCAGUGCGGAGAAGAAGGUUUCUGUGAGAGGAAACCUUUCAUGUUGACAGCAUCCUGUGGUGGAGAGGAACAGUGAUGUGUGUUUCGGACUGUCUUAGCUGUGAGGAAAACCCUCAGGUGUCACCGUCAGAUGUUACCGUCUUGUUAAAUGCUGUUGUUGGAUUGAAGUGGAUGCAAACAUGUAUUAUUGGUGAGAAAACUAUCAGUAUUUAAAAUUAAAAUGUGAUGCUGCAAUAAAUUAUUUUUUUAACAGUGAA